GAUCGCUUUUCUCCACCAUCGUCGCGGCCGUGUAGAGGCGCGGCAGAGAAAUCUGUGUUUUUCAGAGAAGAAAGAUGGAAAAGACGAAACAAAUAUGCGGAGCUCUUUUGUCUGGCAGCGAGACGGGAGGCCUGGAAGUCCGACUUUUCUCAGAUGCGGCGUGAAGGCUCGUCGUCGUUUUUUCUCGCUCGCUUGGUUUCUUACGUUGGAGCAGAAAGGAAGUUAAACGAAAUUUUUCUCUUCGAAACUCACACUGCGACUGGAGUCACCUCCAGGAAGGCGCAAGCUCAGCACCCGCGAAAACGGUGCGCAGCGACGAGAAGCGCAGCAGCUGUUUCGAGUGUUUCUCGUGAGAGGGAAAAAACAAUUGGGCGCGAGAGAGAAGGCAAAUCGUGGAAAGAAAACUUCCUGUAGCGAUCGCGGAUGCAUGCAACUCGAAAGACAGGAGAAAGUGAGAACGAGAACGACGAUGCCGUGUCUCUCUGCGAGGACUGCAGGUCUGUUUUCGGCCGGAGAGACGCACGCGCCGGAAAAGAAAGAGUCGUCCGUUUUUCUUUGAAAAAUAUCACAGGCCGUCUCUAAUUUCCUCCUCUGCGCUUCUGGCCUCGCGUUUUUUUCUCUCUCCUCCUUCUUGUGUCUCUCCUUGCCUUUCUUUUCUUGUCGGUCCUCCUGAACGCCCCCCAGCUUGACCAUGGAGCUCAACCCUCUCGCGAAUCUCCUCUCCACUUCUCUCCCACAAAAGGCAGCGAGCAACUCGCUUCUUGGAAGAGAAGGCGAUCCUGCUGCCUCUUCUUCUCCACUGUGUUCUUCAUCUGGUUCUUCCUCUUCUCCUCCCUCGUCUUCUCAUUCUUCUCUCUCUUCUUCCCUUUCUUCUAGUGCAGGGAAGCUUCGCUCAAACACGGUCUUCCGGCAGCUUGCUGCGUAUAUUCUCGAGCAACAACGCCGCUCUUCAGACGGCAAUCCCUCUUCUUCCUCUCCUCUCUCCUCUUCUUCCUCUCCGCCCUCUUCUUCUCCCUUUUCUUCUUCUUCUUCUUCUUCUUCUUCUGCUUUGCGAGGGAAGCAUGGAGAGAAGCGCGACAUCGACGCCUACUGGGAACCGACGCUGUGCGGCGGCUUUUCUGGAGAGAAUCCGAAGCGAGAAGAUUCCACCGAGGACGCAGCGCAGUCGCGUGUGUGCCACCGUCAAUUCGGGGACGAUGACGACGGAGUCCGAGUGGUGCUGGGCGACACAGCGGCCGAGAAGCGCGAGCUGGGGGAGCGGGAGGAGAAAAAAAACCAGCAGUUGAGGCCUUCCUGCUCCGCUUCGGAGACGAAGGUCAAGCUCCGCCCAACGUUGCAGCCAGAGUGUGCAGCCGCGCAGGCCGGCGGAGACGCAGAGGAGAUGCGCGCAGACGAGGAGGAAGCAGAGGACGAGGAGGACGCUCUCGACCGCGAGCUGCGACAGCGUCUGGAGAAGGAACUCGAGGAAGGAGGAGAUUUCUACGACUCAUCUGCAGACGAAGAAGACGAGAAAUGGGUCGCGAAACACCUGCGCGUCGGAGACAGAACGACAGACGCCAUUCUCUGCUGUCCCGGUUGCUUCACACCUGUCUGCUACCAGUGUCAAAGACACGAGAAGUUCCUCUUCCAGUAUCGCGCGGUCUCCGCAUGCAACGUCGUCGUCGACUCCGCGUUUGUCUCCCCGAGCAACAGGGUCCCGGCAGAGCGGCCAGACGCCCGAGCGUCCUCGUCGCCUCGACCGGCAAGCAGAGACGGAGCCUGCGAAGCGGGAGGAGACGGAGGGGAAACAGCCGAAGAGGGCAAAGGAGACAAAGGAGACAAAGCAGACAGAGAGAGAGGAGAGACAGGAGGAGAACGCGAGAAAGGUCAAGAGUUGAGUUUCGUCAACCACCUUCGAGAGAUGGUGCAGGACCGCAGCUGGGAGAGGGGAGGCAACAAGAGAGGGUCGACACAGAAGACAGAUCGAAAACGAGGAGAGGAAGAAGAGAUUUUUUGCGAGGGACUUGAAGGACAGUCUGCGCAUGCAGUCAAGUGUGCAACCUGCAGCGCAACCGUCGCGCUGCUCGACGAAGCUGAAACGUUUCACUUUUUCCACGUUCUCCCCGGAGAAGCUUGAUCAGAAGGAGUCGGAGAGAGAGCGACGAAAACCGAGAGACACAGCUCUUGCAGGCCUACGCGUUUCUGAAAGCUGGUUUUUCCAAUGCUCGAGGACAUUUCGCUCCUCUUCUUUCCACGGACGUUUUAAGGGAUCUCUCUGUCUCAGUCUCGAUUUGUCUGCAUUCGUUUACCUGCAUGCGUAUCUGUCGAUUUCAUCUCUCUUUAUUUUUCCUUUAUCUCGCUACAUCUGUCCAGGUCUCGCUACCUGUUUCUGUUUCUCUGCACAACUGUGCAUCGAUGGAGAGAACCAGAUGUGAAGGUCCAAUUUUCUGUUCAUAGAGGUGUGGAGAUAAAGCGAGAAGAAACAAAGACGGGACCUUUUCCACAGGUUCCACCGUUUUCCACUGUGUCUCUGGGGUCGAGGGCGGGAGUUCUCUCUUCUCGCUCUCGCCUCGGAUUCUCGCAGUCUUCCGCUGCUUUUUCUGAGAGUCUUCUGGCGUUCUCUGUCGGGGCUGUGCUGCAGCGUCGCUCGUGGCUUGGCGGAUGGCCGUGUGUGCAAGCAAUAAGUCAACAAGAGACCUGAAGUAUGAAGCUGCGUUUCGACCGAGAAACCCACAGACGCAGUGAGAGUUCUUCCUCCGACACUCGCG